AUGUCUUCAGUUACGUCUUCUGCAAGCUCUUCCUCACCCCAACCCGAAAACAGCAAAGACAUGACCGUGCCUGUGGAGGAGGAGUCCAACGAGAAGGCAACGGAGAACAACAACAAUCCGAGCCAGCCAGGGUCUUCUCAGGAUGCUAUGUCUGAGACGAGGGGUGAGAACCCUAGUCUCGGAUCUGGUGCUGUCCGAACAGGAACAACAGAGAUGACGAUGCUUUACCCAUCAAGAUCUAAUAAGAUCUACACUUGUCAGUUUUGCAGCAAAGGGUUCUCAACCACUCAAGCCCUAGGUGGUCACCAGAACGCGCACAAGCAAGAUCGGGAGUGGGAAAAGAGGAGGAAGGAGAUGGAAGAAGACUUCCCCGGACUCUCCUAUUUGAACCGUUACAUAGACAAGCCUCACUUGCUCCUAGGUGGGUAUUCAGAAGAUGCUUUAUCAAAUGAAAAUCAUCUUGGGAUCACUCUUGAACCUUUCAAGCGUAGAGGACCCGGGGGCAUGAACAUGACCGUUGCUCCUCGCAUUACUCCUACUCGCUUCUUCACGGGGAACACUUUCACCGGUGGCUCCUCUUCAAGGGGACUUGGGCCCAGACCCACCUAUGCCCCCCCGAUGUUCCCUAGAAACGUUCCUCCUUUUCUUCCUCAUCCUCCUUAUCUUCCUCAUCCUCCUUUUCUUCCUCAUCCUCCUCGAACCACCAAUCUUCCUAGCUAUUUGUAUCCGCAAGAGAAUCGUCUGACCGAGGAGGAUCUCACCUUAACGAUAGGGAGUAAUACCAAGGUUGUGGUGAUUGAUGAUGAUGAUGAUGAUGAUCAGCCAGGAGAAGAAGGGAACCCAAAAAACUGGGGCAAUGAUUUAUCCCUUUGA